AUGGCGGAAACCGCGAGCAAUGCCGACUCGAGCCAACAGAAACUGGGAGCCCCCAAAGACAAGAAUUGCCCCUACUGUGGCCAGGCCUUCACCUCCUCCUCUCUCGGUCGACAUCUCGAUCUCUACAUCAAGGAAAAGAACCCCAAGCCGCCAGAUGGAAUCCACGACGUUGACGCAAUCAAGCGUCUGCGAGGAAGCAUCACGCGCAGACAACCUAGGGGAUCGUUAGGCGGGAGAAACGCCUCAACUCCAGCCACCACACCUAGACCAGCCGCAUCCAAGCGAGAUGCUGCGCCAGAUAGUAACGAGUCCCACAAGUCCCCGGCUCUGCCAAAGGACGGCCAGUAUGCUGUGGACUCGACGCUGAGCAAAUAUCCUUGGACCCCCUCAUGGGAAGCCACGGGCGUCAUAAAUAACAUCCCCGCCAAAAAUGCCGAAGUCGCUACCUCCACCGAUGGCGAAGGCAGUCAGAAUGCAGGGAAACGGCCAAGACAAGUGAGCAAGCAAAUCAUGCAAAAGGCGCAGUUCGACGUCAAGCACAAGCUUGCAGACGCUAUGGAUACUGCUCGCGCGGCAGAGCUCGCAUUAAGAGAGCUUUUAAGCUCAUGGAGGGCGGCCAAGCAAAAUAUCGACAACAACUCGAUGCCUUUUGACUUUGACCCUCUGGCCCUCGACUUUCCUGCUUUAACCUUGCAAUGCCUCGCUUCACCGCCCACCCUCUUCUCUUCUACUCAACAUCCCACCUCCACCUCUUGGUCCGUCCAAUCACCUGGUCAAAGAGAGUACGAUGCACUGAGAGCUUUUUUCCAAGAAGAGUUCAGUAAUUGGAAGAUUACUUGCGCAACUGCUACUACAGCCGCAAUGGAGGACCUCACAUAUCCUCCUCGGGAGCAGCCAAUCAGAGACACCCGCGAUGCGGUAAAGAAAGCCGAGAAGUCAGCGGAGAAUCUCGAAAAACAGGUGAACGAGCAUUUGGUGUCAGCUUUUGCGGUUUGGACUUCCCUACCUAUUCAGCGGCGAAACGAGCUGUGGCUCUUGGAAAUGGCAAGAAGCGUUGGCAGGAAGCAAACCGAGAUCGAUAAGAUGAAGGAUGACCAACAUAGGCUACAGCAGGAGAACUCUAACCUGAAGUCUCAGAUCGACCAGCUCAACCGUCUUCAACAACCGCGAGAAUUCAAGCUAUUCUCUCCGGCCACGGUGCCCCUGGAGCGGCAGCUUCUCACUCACGUUUUGGAGGCGGGUAUAAAGAGCGGUGGUCGUCAUGUCGGACUGCGAUUGGAGGACCGCCAGUUGGAUUUAAAUGACAUUGUGAUACGGGCAAUCGAAAGGUGGAAGACGGUUAUCAGCAUGAACCGUGUCGCCAACACGGGCAUGAAUGCUCAGAGGGCAUUAGACCAAGCAAACAGCGGCACGCCGACGCCGACGCCGACUCCUCAACAACAGCAGCAGCAGCAACAACAACAACAACAGAACCAGCAACAAGGGCAGCAACAGCAACAACACCAACAGGUGCAAGCGACGCAACAACAGCAGAUGCAGCAACAGCAAGUGUCACAGUUCCCAAGCCCCGAGCAUCGACAGUCGACAACGAGCACCACUGGCCAUAGCGACCCAGGUGCUUCAACAGGUCCGCCUUCGAUUGACGAUGCAAGCGACCAAGAUGCCGAUGCAGAUGGGGAUGCCGACGCCGACGCCGAUGCAGAGAUGGAGGAUGAUGACAGUUUUGCCGUAAUGAACACACCUACUACGAAACCCAUGCCCCAGCAGCCGAUUCAACGACAAGUCACCCUCGAGGUGCCACGGACGAGGCAGGUACAGCAGAGGGGUGCUAGUGAUGCGCGGUUCAUGAUGCAGAACGGGAAUCCAAAUGCGAAUCGGGGUGCAAUCAAUAUGAGCCGGUCAAUGCCGAAUAUGCAGGCUACGAUGCAGAGCAUGCAUGGCGGGGAUAUGGGAAUGGCCAUGUCACAGGUGAGAGGUGAUCCAAUGUAUAUGGAUUGA